CGCAGCGAGGGAUGAGGUCUGCGUCGCUCCAAGAGCCCCAAAGUAACUGUGAAGAGGGUUGUUGUUUAAAAGGCAACACCGGGUUAAGGUCAUUUUUGUGAUUUAAUCCGAAGGAUUCGACAGAAUAAACUUGGGAGAAGUGAGCUGGCCGCGAGCGUCCCUGAGCCAAUCUGAACGCAGCCCCGUGUCCAGGUUUGUGAUGUGAUUGCUGGAUGCGCCGGAGCGGCGCCUUUACGCACGAUGGAGGAGUUUUUACGCGAGCAGGACAGUUGGUCUCUUAAUGUCACCUGGAGCGACGCGGGUCACGGAAACGCCAGCCGACCGGGAAACAGCACGGUGAACCCUCUGAAACGAAAUGAAGAAGUGGCCAAAGUGGAAGUUGCCAUCCUGGUGCUGGUGCUGUUCCUCGCUCUGGCCGGUAACCUGUGCGUCCUCUGGGCUAUCCACACCACCAAGCACAGCCAGUCCCGGAUGUAUUACUUCAUGAAGCACCUGAGCAUCGCAGACCUGGUCGUUGCAGUCUUCCAGGUCUUACCGCAACUCAUCUGGGAUAUCACUUUUCGUUUCUACGGACCUGAUUUGCUGUGCAGGCUGGUGAAAUACCUCCAGGUCGUGGGCAUGUUUGCGUCCACGUACAUGCUGGUGCUGAUGUCCAUUGACAGGUGCUUAGCGAUCUGCCAGCCGCUUCGCUCCGUGCACAAGAGAAAAGACCGCUUCUGUGUGAUCGCCUCCUGGAUGCUCAGCUUGAUAUUCAGCACUCCCCAAGCGUACAUCUUUUCUUUGAGGGAUGUUGGCAACGGCGUUCACGACUGCUGGGGGGACUUCGUGCACCCCUGGGGUGCCAAAGCCUACAUUACUUGGAUGAGUCUCAGCAUUUACAUUUUUCCAGUGGCAAUUCUAAGCAUCUGCUAUGGCUUAAUAUGCUUUAAGAUAUGGCAGAAUUUCAAUUUGAAAACCAGGAGGGAGCAUGUCUUGGCUCUCACUCCGAGGCCCUCCAAAGGCGCUCAUCCCCUGUCUCGAGUGAGCAGCGUGCGGCUCAUAUCCAAAGCCAAGAUCCGCACAGUGAAAAUGACAUUUGUGGUCGUCCUCGCGUAUAUUGUGUGCUGGACUCCUUUUUUCUUCGUCCAAAUGUGGUCUGCAUGGGACCCCGCUGCACCAAGAGAAGACAUGGCCUUCAUCAUCGCCAUGCUGCUGGCCAGUCUGAACAGCUGCUGUAACCCCUGGAUCUACUUGUUCUUUGCUGGUCACCUGUUCCAUGACCUGUUGCGGUGCUUCUUCUGCUGUAGCUGCGACCAACGGUGCGGCCAGAAGAGCAGCUCCUCCGCCUUGGCCAUCAAGGACACCGGCAGCCAGAGGAGCCUCACACACACGUCCAGUACGGGAGGACCAGUCCACUGAGGGGCCUUGGAAAGCCAGCAGACAGCUGGCCGUGUGGACUCUGUUCAGCAAAUGUUCAGACAUUUACUCAUCUGCACAGUGUCAGAUAUUUGUUGUUUGUUUUCUUGAUUUAACCAGCAAAUGAAAACAAACAAGGGUUAUGCAGCCACAGCUUCAGAAGCCAUUUCAGACACGUCAGAUUCAUCUUUUUACUUAGAGAAUUUGUAAAUAUUAAAAAAAAAAACAAAAAAACCUGCUUUUACCCUGGUUAAAAUGUGUGUGUCAGUGUAAUUUUUUUUGCCUCAUGUCAAGCAGCUUUAUUGUGUUUAUGGUGUAAGCGAGCUUAAUAAUAUCCACUUUGGGGAUUUAGGCUGAUGUACAUGAAUUUUUGAUGCUGGUAAAUGCAUUUUCACUUAUCAAUGCCGCUUACUGUUUGAGGUAACAAUCUUGUUUAUCUUGUUUUGUAGAUCAAAUAUUGGUUGCAUGCCAUGAAGUAUUCACAAUUUUAGUUGUUAAAUAGCUUCUUCUUCUUUUCAUGUGUC